GUUGCAUUUCAUCAAAUGGCCAUUAUAUUUCUGUCGCCAAAAGUAGAAUACACUUGUUUAGAUAACAGUAGUAAUGACACGGAUAUUUGCCCAUGUUCCUCCCCAGAAUAUGAUAAAUCAAUUUUCACUAAUACGAUUAUAAUGGAAUGGGAUUUAAUAUGCGACCGGAAAUGGUUGACCAGUUUCACACAAACAUUGUUUCAACUGGGAACUCUUUCCGGCAGUGUUAUCUUUGGAAUGGCUUCUGAUAGGUUUGGAAGAAAAAAACCAUUGUUAGCAGCAGUUGUCAUUCAAGUUUCUAUGGGAAUUAUAGCCGCAUACGUUCCAGAUUUUUGGACAUUUACAUUUAUUCGAUUUUUAGUGGGAAUGUCCGUUGGUGGCACGAUGGUGACUGGCUUUGUGAUUGUUAUGGAAUUUGUAGGAACAAAAUAUCGUGAUAUUAUUUCAGCACUUUAUCAAGUUCCUUUCAAUUUGGGGCACAUGCUCCUGCCGGUAUUUGGAUAUUAUAUUCGAGAUUUUCAACAAUUUCAAUUUGCUAUUUCCGUACCGGUGAUUAUUCUUUUAUUGUAUUUUUUCAUUUUACCCGAAACUGCAAGAUGGUUAAUAGCCGUUAAAAGGACGGACGAAGCAAUAGUAAUUUUAGAAAGAGUAGCUAAAGUAAACAAUCGCCCUACCGAAAACAUCAGACGAGACGUUGAAAUGUAUCAGGAAUCAUUGGAAAAGUCUCAACUUAAGAAAGGAAAUAUAUUAGAUCUAUUUCGUACUCCGAAUCUUCGAAAGAACAUCGCCGCAAUGUCGUUUAACUGGCUGACAUGCAGUUACUGUUUUUAUGGUGUAUCACAGUACGUCGGACAGUUAAGUGGAAAUGUUUUCAUCAACGUGGCAGCUAGUGCCAGCGUCACUUUACUUGGAACUUUUGCAUCUAUACCACUAAUGAAAAUUUUAGGCAGAAAAACAAUUUUAAUCGUGUUUAACUUCAUAUGUGCGCUGUGCCUAUUAAUCUUAUCCGUCAUUCCUGAAGGUGUAGGAUCUGUGAUAUGCGCUAGUAUUGGAGUAGUGGCCAGCUUCAUUGUGUUCGUCGUAGUGUACUUAUAUUGUACAGAAUUAUUUCCAACAGUAGUAAGGAAUGCUGCUAUUGGCUUUUCAUCAAUGAUGGCAAGAGUGGGUUCGAUGUUAGCACCCUUUGUAAUAGAAUUAAGAGAUGUUGCUAUAUGGAUGCCACCAGUAGCCUUUGCUAUAUUUCCACUUGUAGCGGCGUGUAUAACGUUUGUUCUUCCCGAGACUAAAGGUUGUGAGCUAAUGACUACUAUAGAAGAAGGAGAACAAUUCGGAAAAAAGUCAUCAUCGGAUAAAAAGGGUUAAAACGUAAUGAUAAUAAUUAAGUUAGAUAUUAGAUAAAUGUAAAUAUGUAUUUUAUUAUUAAAUGUUGUUUUCCUGAUCAUGUGCAAUAUAUUUAAAGCGCGAAUUAAUACAUACCUACCUACAAAUGGAUAAGACUUUUUAACAUUUUUUGUUUUAACUCAUAUGAAAAAAAGCCAACACAUAAAUGAGGUAUAUUCCAUUUAAAUUUAAAUACAUUAAUUUUAUGAUAUUCAAUUAGGGUUAUCACAUAAUAUUUUUAAAUGCAGGUGGUAACAGAUUUCAAAUUCCGAGAUGUUUUGUAAUUGCAUGACUACAUAAAUUCGUGACGCAUUAAAUCUACAACUAUUCCUUCUAAUAAAACCAUAACCAGA